ACUAGCUACCCAAAUUGUAGUAUGUGCGCCUUGUCUUAUCCUCUUCUAUUCUUGAUUGACAUAGCACCAAGGAGAACUUGGAAACUGUUAUAAUCGCAAAAGACAGAAUAUAGCAAUGGCAAUGGCCACAACAGGUACCAGAAUGGCUGGAGGUAGAAAGCAGAGGCGUCAUGCAGAAGCACAAAAGCAGACUGAAAACAUUAAAGAAGUAAAAAAUGUACAAGCUGGCAAAGCAGAUGUCUCUGAUUGUAUUCGCCAAGAAAUUGAAAGCUGUUACCGGCUCAAGAUGCCUGAAGACUUCUAUCAUUUCUGGAAAUUCUGUGAGGAAUUGGAACCUGACAAGCCAUGUGAUGCUCUCAAAUCAAGUAUUGGACUUCAGCUUGUUGGACCAUAUGACAUUCUUUCUGGAAAACAUAUAAAUACUAAUAAAUCAAAAGAAAUAAAUUUCAACCUUCAUUGGAGAUUUUUUUAUGAUCCUCCUGAAUUUCAGACAAUUAUUAUUGGAGACAGCAAAACACAAUAUCAUAUGGGAUUAUUUUUGAUUAAAAAGCUUAAAGAACUGACUAAUAAAAAGAGAGGCGGCUUCUUAAAAGACAUAGAUGAAAAGCUAACUAAAACAGCAAAACAAUUGGGUUAUUCGUUGGAACAAAAAAGCUUGAAGGUAAAACAGCGAGAUAAGAAGGUAGGAUUUGUUUUUUUUUCCAAACUCAGUAAACUUUAAUACAGCAUUUAUUUUUUUCCCCUGGUUUGUGCUCAAAUAUGUUUAAUUCUAAGUCUCUUCCAAAACCAUAAUUAUUAUGGGGUCAGCAUAAUAAAAGGUUGAGUUCAUAGCUAGUAUGCAAAUAGUAACAAACAUGCUGUAAACAUUACAGAUCACCUAAAGAAUGAAAAACUUUAGUUCUCAGUUACCAUCCAGUCUUAAAAAGUUAAAAUAUACUGAUUUAAGAAUUGAAUUAAUCAGAAAACACUGCUUCCUGUUUAUUGGACUCCAGAUAAUAUCCAGAACUGAUUGGAUAUUUUUGGGCUGACAUUUUAACAAAUGUAAGGAUUCUUUAAUGAUUUGGCAUUUUACAUCCUAUUUGGUUUCAAGCUUUAGCAUAUGUUAAUACAAGGUGGGGGUGGGGGGAAAUGUAACCAACAUAUACAUGUAUAUUCAAUUAUCUUUCCAUGAUAUGGAAUUUGUGGUUUUUUGUUUAUUUUAUCUUAAUCACUAUUGUGUAUAAAGGCUUUUAUAUUGUAUAGUUAUUACAUUAUUACAAGUAGUCCCUGUUUAGCGACUGUUCGUAGUUAUGAAGGUGGUGAAAAAAUAACUUUGCAACCAGUUCCUGCAU